CCGUACCUACUUUAUGAAAUAUUGACGUUUGUUCGUUUUAUUUUUAUGAAAGUCUUAUUGACAUAGUAAAAUACAAUUUGUUUUCAUUAACUUUGUAUACACUGAAAUCAAAAUACCUUUCAAUACUUGUAUUAAAAAUUAAAACAAAAUGGCAACUGCAAACGAUACACCUGAAAGCGAUUUUUCAAUCGAAUGCUUUCAAAACUACUCUGCUCCAGAGGUGUUCGUGCAAGGUUUAGCUGGAAUGGUUGAUCAGACGGACGUGGAAAUGAUAAUAAGAGCGCAAAAAACUAUGCUACAACGCUUUGAAAAGACAACAGAAAUGCUUACGAAUUGCAACCAAUUAUCUGCAAGUCGUCUUCGCGCGGCUUCUGUUGAGUUUAAGAAGCACACUCAAUUGCUGCUGGAUAUGAAGAAAGAUUUGGAGUUUAUUUUCAAAAAGAUCAGAGCUAUAAAAACUAAAUUAAGUACACAAUACCCAGACGCAUAUAAAAGUGCAGUUGACGCAGCGGCAGAUAGUAAAAAACCAAUCGAAGAAGAGGGAGACUUCAAAACGGAAACUAAAAUAGAAUCUAAAAUGGUUGCAACAGUAUCGACAGAAACUUUAAAGCCAGCGAGCGUUGAUGACAAAAAAUCUAGAAAGAAGGUUAAACCAGCCAUAGAUAUUAAUUGCAAUGAAGGUGAAACGUCUAGACCUAGAAAGGUGAAGAGUAGCAGUUCUUCGGAGACUGAAAGCGCUAGUUCCGGUGAUGAGAGUAGUACAGACACUGGUUGAGAUGAAAGAGUUUUUAGUUAUGUUUGGUUAUAAUUAUUAUGAUAAUUUCAAUUAACAUUAGAUAAAAGAGAGAUUAUAGUUCCAGAAUAUGAAAGUUGUCUAAAAUGUCUAUUUAUUACAAUUUAGCUUUUGACAAUGACAUCAUAGAUGUGUAAUUUACAAUAUAUUAUAUUUAUAGUU